GUUGCGGGCGCCGAGGGCGAGGACUGGGACAUCGAGAACGGCAACGAGUUCGACCUGUUGGACGAUGUCAUCUACGAAGGCUUGCUGAGUCGAGUGAAGGCGGGCGACUUUGACGCCGGCAUGCUUGGACCUCCUUGUGGCACGUUCUCGAACGCCAGGAGAGAGGAAGACUUUGGACCACGGCCUCUUCGGCAAUCUGAUCCUGUUGGUGUCUACGGCAGGAAGGACCUGACUGUUGAGGAGGCGAAGUCGGUCAAGGAUGCCGUCAGUAUGUUCGACUUGCCUGAGUUGCAGCAGUUAGCUGGCCUGGAUGGCGUCACCUUCGUGGAGAUCGCUCAGUGUGCCUACGGGGCCCCGACGUCCAAGCCCACCACCUUGCUGAACUACAAGGCUGCCUUCUACUGGUGCUUGGCGCUGGAGUCCGCAUCCACCCUUGAAAGGCAAGGAGUGGUGGAUACCCGCAGAUCGAUGGCCGCGGCGUACCCGGCGGAGAUGAACCGGUACCUGGCCCUUAAGCUGUUGGCUGGCACUGAGGGCUCGGACGGCAUCGUCAACGACAUCGGCGACAUGAAGCUGACGG